GCGGGCUGAAGGAUCGUUAAAUCAGCAGCCACAGAUAUUGUCAUGGCGUCUGCGUUGCAUAGAAAAAUAUAAAAUUAUCAUCAUCAAGUCUAUCAAGUUCAAGUAAUCUGUGGCGAUAAAAUAUGAAUAGCGGCAAAGAUCCCAAUACAGUUUAUUGUUCAUUUGUAAGCAUACACUAUAUUAUCUGUGAAUGCGGUGAAACAUUUCCAACAGAAGAAGCCUUGAAGGAACACUUGGAAACAGAUCAUAACAAUGAUAUGAUCACUGAAAAUGAAUAUGUCUGUGGCACGUGUGAAAAGGUGUUUAGUUCCGAGAAAGCAUGCAGUCUGCACCUACAGGUCCACAUACAGCCUAAGCCUGAACCAUUACCCGAGCCAAAGAUCGAGCCAAAUCCCCAGUUGAUGUAUGAACCUCAACAUAUUACUCGACGCAUGAGGAAGAGAUACCAGAACACCAAGAAUAUUGUUUGUGAAGUAUGUGGAAAGAGAUAUGCGUCAAAUGCAGCACUCCGUUAUCAUCAGAGAGUCCACACUGGCGAAAGACCAUACUCUUGUCCACUCUGCCCAAAGACAUUCACAAUGCCACUGUUUCUGCAGAUACACGUGCGAACACACACUGGUGAAAAGCCUUACCAAUGUUCAGUAUGCCCCAAAGCGUUUGGAAACAGAGCCGCGUUGUUGAGGCACGAUCGGGUUCACACCGGAGAAAAGCCAUACCCAUGCCCUCGCUGUGGAAAAAGUUUCACACAGUCCAACUCCAUGAAACUACAUGUCAAGACUGUUCACCUGAAGCAGCCAGCACCAUACAAGAGCAAGGCUCGGAGACUGAAAGAGGCGCAGAGAAAAGAUAGUAAUGUGAAAUCAGAGGAAUUAUAUGGGAAAAUAAAGUUAGAGAACAGCGGAAUUAUUUUUUAUGAAGAGGUGCAGGACUCUGAAGUGGUGUAUGAAGAGGUCUACGAGAUGGAUGGAGUGAGACUAGAAGAUUUCAUGCAACCAGAGAAUUAAUUGUUAUCAGAAAAUCAAAUACAUUAUCGGCCGUUCCCAAUAUUCAGUCUAUAUCUUACUUGAGAUAAAAAUCGUUUCUGUCCCAAUAAAUUUGGGAGGCACCUUUGCACAGAAAGCCGGCUAGAUUAUGAGUACCGCAACGGCGCUUAUUUAGCUAGCUAGUGAAAUUACUGGGCAAAUGAGACUUAACAUCUUAUGUCUGACGCAAUUGUAGUACCGCUCAGAACUUUUGGGUUUUUCAUGAAUCCUGAGCGGCACUGCAUUGUACUGGGUGGGGCGUAUCAAUUACCAUCAGCUUAAAAAAUAAACUUAUCGACGGUAACUCACCUUAUCCGUACACGCUGUCUGUCAAUGGGACGACAUAUAGCUUACCAGCGAUAGAAGUUUGCAUGGAAAUUGCAAUUCACGCGUCCCAAUAUAAAGCGAUAAGAACGACUUAUCGGGUAUGUUGGGACAGCUUCAGAUAAUUGACAGAUAAUUACUGACAGUAGAAGGUAGUAAUUUAUCUCUAUCUGUAGAUAGUAUAUUGGGAACGGCCGUUAAAGAGAUAAACCUUAAAACAAUUGGCUUGCGCUUAACAGAAAGGAACCAGUCCACAAAAUCAUAAAAAAAUUACUGUUUGACACCCCGAACAAAACUUAUCCGAUAUUUCUAAUUCAAAAAGGAAGCAGUUCACUUCUCGUAUUUGUAGCAAAGAUAUUGAACACAAAAAUAAAAUUUGAAAAACAAAAUUUUAUGAACGAUGCGAGAUUCGAACCCACGACCUCCGGCGUUCCGUGCCGGUGCUCUAACCAACUGAGCUAACCGUUCGAGUACCGCCUCGUUAUAAAACUCUGUUUGCUUUGUUCAACUCUCAGGUUGUGGCUUCAUCUACAGCAUUUACUUUACAGUUGAUAACCUGCUCAAAAUCAAUAUUUGCAUAUUAGGAAAUUGACCUGAGAUGUCGCUCAUGUAAAUCUAACUAAAUUUUAUUUGUGUAUUAAUCCUAGAAGUGAGGGUUAUCACAUUAAAAACAUAACAUAUUGUUUAGAUAUUGAACACAUCCACAAAAAAUAUACUUAAAGUCCCAAAACAAAAUCUAUCCUAUGAGUUUGGACCUCAAAUACUCAGCCUAGUUUGCAUGUGGACUGGUUCCAUUCUGCUAAACUCUAGCCAAUUACUUGGUCGCUAAUAUUUCCUCUUGUACAGCAAUCAAGUGACAUCUACUUACAAAAUUAUGUUUUAUAUCAAUUCAGUCGGCAUUCAGACCCAGAACUUGCAACAAAACAACAAAAAUGCCAAAUUGUACCAUUUUGUGGUGAGAAAUACGAACAGUAGUUCUAAACCUUGUUCUGUGCUUCCCCGGGGCAUAAAAAGAAUAGGCCCAAGGGUGUGGUGAGAAGCAGCUACCAGUGGAAAGCUUCUUUGUACAGGAUACCGGCUAGAUUAUGGGUACCACAACGGUACCUUUUUCUGCCGUGAAGCAGUAAUGUGUAAGCAUUAUUGUGUUUUGCUUUAAGGGCGCUGUAGCUAGUGAAAAUGAGACUUAACAUCUUAUGUCUCAAGGUGACGAGCGCAAUUGUAGUGCCGAGUUUUUCAAGAAUCCUGAGCGGCACUGCGUUGUAAUAGGCAGGGCGUAUCAAGCACCAGCUGACCGUCCCGCUCAUCUCGUCCCUUAUAAUCAUAAAAAGUACCAAAGCUCACUGUAACAUUACCUGUCAAUGUUGAGUACAUUUGACUUAGAAAAUUACUUACUAAGGAGUAAGUAAUUUUCUUUUUUAAAUGUGAAUAAGGGGCAAGACGAGCAGGACGUUCAGCUAAUGGUAAUUGAUACGUCCUGCCCAUUUCAAUGCAGUGCCGCUCUGGAUUCUUGAAAAACCCAAAAAUUCUGAGCGGCACUACAAUUGCGCUCGUCACCGUGAGACAUAGGAUGUUAAGUCUCAUCUGCCCAGUAAUUUCACCAGCUACGGCGCCCCUCUGACCGAAACACAGUAAUGAUUAUACAUUAUUGCUUCACGGCAGAAAUAGGCGCCGUUGUGGUACCCAUAAUCUAGCCGGCAUCCUGUGCAAAGGUGCCUCCCACUGGUGAAUAUAAAUAUGUUAUUGUGUAUAAUUCUAAGAAAUCAUCAGAGCUAUUGCUGCAACACAAUUAUGAUUGAAUUUAGUAAGGUCAUACAUACCACUUAUGGCGGGAAGCGAUGUGAUUGGCUAAUUUUGGACGCCACGCCCAUAUCCCAAACAACGAGUAACCUUUAUAAAUGUCUUUGUAGAAAAUAGUGAAAGUAUUUUAUUGUACAGUGCAGUGGUCUUUAGUGAUAAAUUAUUUGUGAGUUUAUGAGUUUUUUUUAUUUGCAACGAGUAAUUGGUGAGGAUUUUAAUGAAAUUAUAGAUAUUCAUUAAGCUUAUAACCCAUGAACGGCUUAUAAAGCUCGAAAAUUUUAUUGCUUCAUUUGCUUGGAACGGCUCCAAUUAUAAAAAAAUCAAAACAAUAUAUGAAAUCACUUAUUGAAAAUCAAAAUGAGUGGUAGACUCAUUCGAAAAUGAAUGCCUCAGACCUGAGAUGAACGGGCGGUAAUCAAAUUUAUAAUUUAAAACAGUUUCUAGAAAACUCCAUUCUAAAUGGUUUGGUUUAAAUAUUUUGAGUUUAUUUACACUGAUGUUAUAUAUACACUAAUGCUUACUCAGCUUUGGCUCAACACCAAAAAAAAACUUACUUUUACCAACUAGUGGUAAUUGAUAGAAAUAAAUUUUUUACAUCACAUAUCUAUCAUGUAUAUGGAGCACAAUCAGUUUCUACCGGUGGGCGGCUCCUUUCCACAGGAUAGAUUAUGGGUACCACAACGGCGCCUAUUUCUGCCGUGAAGCAGUAAUGUGUAAGCAUUACUGUGUUUCGGUCUGAAGGGCGCCGUGGCUAGUGAAAUCACUGGGCAAAUGAGACAUCUUUUGUCUCAAGAUGACGAUCGCAAUUGUAGUGCCGUUCAGAAUUUUUCCGUUUUCAAGAAUCCUGAGCGGCACUGCAUUGUAAUGGGCGGGGCGUAUCAAUUAGCUACAGCUGAACGUCCUGCUUGUCUCACAUAUUAUGUUUAGAUAAUUUAGUAGUAUUUAAAUUUUAUGUGGGAAAGACUUGAUGUGCAAAUAAAGUUUUUUUUUGCUAACGGUACUUUUCAAGUGUACUUGCCAGACGUGCGUAUUUGAAUUGUAUAAUAGCAAAAUAUUUCUGUGGCAAGAGAAAGCAAACGCAUGCAACAAAGUUUUAUAUACGGGACACGCCUAACACGAGUACCGAUGCGCAGAUGAAUAAAUCGUAUCGCUCCCCCACUCUUUCGCUGUCUAGUGGCCGAGUGGCAGUCACUCUUUGUAUUUAUUACACAUUGUAUAGUAUUUAAGAAUGGCAUAAUAUUAGAAAAUAUUAUUUUUAAGUUAGUUACCAACACUACUUACUAAUACAUGCAUAAUUCACAAAUUAAAUUUUAAUCAAUAUUUAUCUCGUAUUGUAAAUAAAUUUUGGUAUGAAUGUGUACUACAACGCGUCAUUAUCUCUGGACUUCGUUGGGACGUGAAGCCCCCUCCCGUUGCCCUUUCAACCCCCCGCGCUCGUCCUGUUGCGUCAGUACGGUUUGCAGUUUCAUUACCGUUAGGAACAUCUCGUGAUAUUUUCGUGCUAUAACUGCUUUGUGUUUGAAGUUUUCAUUGUAACGUUUUGACAUCUUGUUGUCAACAUUUCUGUAGUUUGUGUCGUUCUGUGUCGCUAUUAUAACCAUAAUUGACACCUGUAUAGCCGAGUGGUUAGCGUUCCUACCUACUAAGCUAGAGGUCCCGGGUUCGAAUCCCGGUAGGUGCAAGCAUUUAUAUGAUGAAUAUAGAUGUUUGUUUCCGAGUCAUGGAUGUUUAAACGUAUUUAUGUAUGUUUAAGGAAGUAUAUUGUAUUAAAUAUAUCAUUGUCUUGUACCCAUAGUACAGGCUAUAUAUAUAUGCUUAACUUGGGGCAAGAUAAUUUGUGUAAAAAGUGUGUCAAUAUUAUUAUUAUUAUUAUAGUACUGCCAGAAAAAUAUUUUUUUUCUUCAUUAUAAUAAUAAUAUUUUUACAUCAAUCUAUAAUACUGACAGAGUAAAUUGUAGUUUAUUUAUUAAUAAUAAUAUCCUAGUAAUGCUUGUUUUGCGCACCGUACCCAAGCAACGAUGUGACGUCAUCGUCGUCAGGUUAUGAGAUAAUAUGACCGGGCAAUAAUGGUAGUCUUGGAAAUCUAAAUAAGAAGUGACAUAGACGCAUUAAAUAUGUGGAUUCAUUGGUGGUAGUGAUUUUGUAUUCAUUGGAACGGCGGAUGUGGAAAAACGCGGAAACUCGACCAGCAGUUACACGAAUUAAAAUAUUAUUACAUUUUAUCGGUCUUUUAUAACUUAGCUAGCUGACUCGACAGACAUUGUUCUGUACUUAAUAAGUAAAAUACUGUUUUUUUAUGAAUUUGUCAAUAUUUUAUAACAUCAAGAAUUAUUUCGUAGAUAUGCUCUCUGUUGUUAUUAUGAAAUGUUUCACAGCAGAACUGUUAAACUGUGCAAAACAAAUAUUGGAAAUAAUCAUUAUUUUGGGUCCCAAAUCGAAAUAAAAACUAUCCUAUUUCUCAAGUUGGACUAAACUGCACUCCAUGAACUAAUCCCCAUUAAAAUCCGUUCAUUUGUUUAGGAGUUAAUUGGAAACAAACAUCAGGACACCGGAUUUAUAUACAUUAAGAUAAUGAUUUUGGACUAUUUUGUUGUAGUACCCUCAUUUUACUACAUUUCACGCCAUAGCUGCUUAAAUCCCUCAAUAUCUGGAGCGUUGUAAGCAGUAAUUUAAUUUAUGUAUAUACUAGCUGAUGCCCGCCACCUCGUUGUCGUAGAUAAACAAAGGGUUCUUAAAAAUAAUAAGCAAGUUUUGAAUUGAAGAUUAUCUCAUGUUCUAUUUCAGUUCCGGUUCCCGUUUUCGCUCCCGCUCUCAACAUAUUAUAUGAAUCUUAUUUCGGGGAAGAUUGCUAUGGCAAACUAAACCUACUAUUGGUAUAGUCAUAGCUCAUUGACAGCACAUCCCAUAAAAUGUAGCCUAUGUCCUUUCCCGUCGUAUAGCCUAGUCUAUCUCUGUACCAAAUUUGAUCAAAAUCAGUUCAGUAGCUCCGGCGUAGAAGCGUGACCAACAAACUUACAUUCACAUUUAUAAUGUUAGUUGGGAUACAGAUUACGCACGAUUUGAAUGCAGAGUACAGAAAUGCGAUAGUGUUGUAAUCAUGAGUGUGUCGAUAAAUUUAAACAAUGCUUUAAGUUUUUAUCAUUUUAACCUAAUAAUUAAAUCUCAUAUUUUUGUUCUGCCUUUCUUCAACACACAUGUCUAAACAUUUUUAACCUGAAUGUGACGACGGAUAUAAUAAACUCCCAAAUUAUAUUAAAAUAUUACCAAUUAAAAAAUUUAAAUGUAACGUAAAAAAUAAAUGAACAACUAAAGCCCAUUAUAAUGUGAAAGAUUAUUUGAAUUAUAAAUAUAGUCGGAAUUAAUGUUGCUAAAUUUUGUUAAUGAAUAUUGUUAUACUAUUGAAAUUAUUGGGCAAAUGAGACUUAACAUCUUAUGGCUCAAGGUGACGAGCGCAAUUGUAGUGCCGCUCAGAAUUUUUGGGGUUUUACAAGAAUCCUGAGUGGCACUGCAUUAUAAUAGGCAGGGCGUAUCAAUUACCAUCAGCUGAACGUCCUGCUCGUCUCAAACAAAAAUUCAUUUGAAUGCUAUUGUAACUUUUGUACUUCAACCUGACUUGCACUAAAUAACUUAUAGUUUUAAAGUUAAAAAAAAAAAUGAAAAGGGAACCUAAUGGCCUGGGAGCAGUCAUUAUUAAAAUAAAAAAAAUGACGUGGUGUCGUGGGACACCAGGUAGGAACGAAGUUCCUUCGGCUAAUGUAGAAUCGACACAAAUUGCAAAAAAAAUCGUGCUCAAUUAGGUAUUAUUACACUACUCGCUUGUGUAUGCGACUGUCGCGCCUGCGCACGUCUCAUUUAACGGUUUUAUUCCACGCACUUUUCCACGUACAUUUGUCCACGGAUUUUUUCUCACGGUUUUACUAUCACAUUACUUACUCCAAGCCUGCCGUAAGGAACUUCGUUCCAAAAUAAAAACACUGGGUCACAACUUUAGUUUUAACGCGAUAACACCGUAAUCGUCGACUACGUUACAACACUACACCGUAGUCGCGCGAGACGAGGCAUGCGGACAGCGGGGAGAGAUGCUCGCGUUCUUUACCUCAGGUCCCGACUGCAUUCAACUCACGCGAUAACUGUUACUAUACUCUAUAUAAUGUAGGUGUACUCCAUAAUCUACUAUGAUGCUGCAGUCGCUCGUCGAACCCCUUCGCUGCGGCGUAAGUAUAUUUGAGCGAAUCGAGGUAAACUAAGUCUGUGUACAAAACAGUUCAAAUGAUAGCAGUGUUACGAUUAAAACUCAUUGUGAUUUGAUCAAUCAGCUCAAUUUUAAAUAAAUAUAAAUAGCGCGUGCUAAUUUAGAAUAAUUUGUAAAUCAUGUUUGAUUUUAAUUAUAAUUUUUGAAUCAAGUCGAAAUUCAAAAUUCUGUAAAAAAAGCUUUCUAUGAGUUCAUUUGUUUUUAAAUCGGUCCAUAAUUGGCCGAGAAACAAUUUAACACAGAAAUCAAUUGGAGUCACCCGGUAGGAGCUCUGCUCAGCUUCGCUUCGCUCAAUAACACCAACAGAGUAUGAUAAAAUACUCUUUUUAACACCAUUCCUUUAAAAACCAUAAAUAUUUGUAGAAGUACAUUUUUUUUAAUAUAAAAUAAAUUAUAGUAUUUUUGGUAGUCCGUUCUCUUUAGUUACCACCUAUGAAUUCAGAUACACACUUUAAUCUAAUAAAAGUUGACAACCAUAUCUGUAGGUCAUUCAUCCAGGAAGUAAUUAGCACUUAUAUAACCUUCUUAAUUAGAUUUCCAUACUAAGAAUAUAUCACUUAUUGAGUGAGCGAUGUGACUGUUUAAUUUUUUAUUAAAAUCAAGAAGUAGAAUUUGAAAAACUAUGUAUUUAUCAAGAUAAUUAACUAUCUACAUGUAAUGGUCUUUAACUGUAUCAACUGUUGGACUAGUCUUACAACAGGGAAAUAAAAAUAUUUAGAGUAUA